UUCCUUCUUCCCCUCGAAUGAGAAAAUUAGAAAUUUGAAGAAAGAAAAACAAAAAUCUGGUUUUUGAGGGCUGAUUAGGUUUUUGUUUAAUCUCUGGGAAUUCUCAAUUUGACUAUGCACUCAGAUUCAGGCGAGGCACCCACAGAUGGCGAUAAAGUCUCAGCAGAAAACAGCAAAAAACGGAAGCUUAAGACUCCUAUCCAAGUUAUGGCGCUGGAGAAUUUCUACAAUGAGCAUAAGUAUCCGACCGAAGAAAUGAAGGGUAAGUUAGCAGAGGAAAUAGGGUUAACCGAGAAGCAAGUUUCAGGUUGGUUCUGCCAUAGAAGGUUAAAAGACAAACGUUCUGUAAAAGAAGAUGGGAACACCAUUGGGAGCCAAGAUAGGUCGAGCGUUGUUCUUCAGGAUCGUGGAAGCGGGCUUCGACAGGAUUCAUGUGGUAGCACUAAGCAAACAGAUUAUUGGAACCCGAAACCUAGGGAAGUUGAAAGUCAAAGGCUUUAUGGGGGAUCUUACAUGGGGAAUGUUGAUGGUGAAGAUAGUACAUCUUCUGAACGUAGUUCAUCAUUACAUAAGAAUCUUGUCUCCAUCAAAGAUGGCAUCCGGGAUGUGGAAAGUUCUAGAUAUUUUACACACAAUGACGUUAUCGCGCAUCCUCAGGUCAUGAGAAGCUAUGGGUAUAAUAAGCCUUCGGGAUACUUGAAAGUGAAGAGAGAGAGUGAGAAUGGUGCAAUCACAGCCGUAAAGAGACAGUUAGGAAGACAAUACCAAGAGGAUGGUCCACCUCUGGGGGUUGAAUUUGACCCUCUUCCACCUGGUGCAUUUGAGCCUCAAACUAAUGCAAUAGUUCAAGAGCCAAUCUAUGUUGGGAAUCAAAGACGGCCUCACCCUCCACAUUUACUUGGAAUAAGGAAGAGUUUUAAUCCUGGUCCUAGCUAUGAAUUAACUCGUAAACUGAAGAUGCAUUCGCCAGAUCCAGAUCCAGAUUCAGAGGAGGAGGAGGAGGAUGAUGAUGACGACAACAUGAUGAUCGGAAUGGAGCCUGGUCUAAGAGAUAGAAAGAAUCUUGGGGAACCAAGAUUGAAAUCGCCUUCUCCCUGUUUCUAUAAUACUGCCCCCAACCACAAAACCUUUAAAGAGACAUUCAAAGGCUCACCACGAAAAAUCCCACUAACUAUCAGCAAGAAGGGUCGAAUAAGCUCCAAAAGUUGGGCUGAAGGUUCGAGAAGCAAUCUGAUUGCCAACUUCCGUAAUCUCCCUGGAAGCAAUAUUGAAACCAAUCAAACUCAUAAUUACGAUAAUAAGAUAUUCAAUGGUGGACACAAGACCGGAUAUCUCAGCAAAUCAUCAAAGUUGUUGCCUCCAAGUAGAAGCCGAUCCCCUGACUCAAUAGAUGGAGGUCCAUCUUCUGUGAUGGCGGAAAAGUAUCACGACGAGAGGAAUCAAACGAAAAUGCAUAGAGAGAUGUUGCAUUCGACUGAUGAACCACCGGUGAGUGUGAUGGUAACCAAACAAGUGAAACAUGGCUAUCUUCAGCAAGCAUCAGCAUACAGCGAGAUUCUGGAAAGGCAAGGCCAGAUAAAUCGGUCUGGCGUGGAAUUGGCCUCUAGUUUAAGUGGGGACGAUGAGACAGACGAAUCCAGCUCUUCUAUGGAUUGAGUUAAGGUACAAAAGGAAAAUUAGGAGAUUCCGGUUUGUAUAGAUAUAUGAAGAAACCGGUUUAGGAUGUGAAAAAACGUUACAUGGUGUUGUAAUUGGUAAAUGCUAGUUAGAGGUCCCUCUCUUCAUUUUGGGACUUAUAAUAUAUUGUCCCCAAAGAGAGAGAUGCAGUGUGACCAAGUAUGAUAUGAGCAGAUGAUUGCAAUGGCCCUUUUUUCCGAGUUUGACCGGAUUGAGUUUGUGAAUUAUAAAAUAAACAAAAGCAAGGCCCAUUUAAUAUCAAAA